AGGGUUUUAUUAUAUAUUGCAACUUGUUUGAUCCUCUCGUGAACUGUGUGGGUUGAUGUAUAGAAUCAGAUGUUUUCUGUUGCAACCCUUCUUAGGAUUUGAAACAAAAUAACCUUAUCUCCUUUUGCUUCCUUAAUUGGAUACAACAAUACCAUACCAGAUCUUCCCCUUUUGUACUGAUAAGUACAACAAAGAAAGAAAAAUUAUCACUCUUUCUCUAUAUCUUAGUUUCUCUCUCCUCUUUUUUUUUCUUUGUCUAAACCUAACACCCAUACCAUAUCUGAAAGAAACCUACUGCAUUCAACAAAGGAUUUUUCAAAGAUCUGUUGAUGAAUGAUGGAGUGUGGAGUUGAGUUGCAAGGAGGAGUAGAUCUGCAUGCAACAGAAACAGUUGACCCUGUUGUUGGUUUUGGCACCACCUUGGAGGAAGAAAGAGAUAUGUGGCUGAACACUACUGACCAAGAUGAUCUCUUAGGUGUAAACGAUGCUACUGCUUCCAUGUUCUACUCUGAUUUCCCCUCUCUCCCUGAUUUCUCAUGCAUGUCAUCAUCAUCAUCUUCUUCAUCCUCAACACCUGCACUUCCAUUGAACAACAUAGCAUGCUCCACCACCACAACCUCCUCCUGUUCCUCCGCCUCUUCCUCUUCUGCCGCUUCGUGGGCGGUUCUGAAAUCAGAUGCUGAUGUGGAAGAGAAAAACGGUUACAUGCAGCAGCAGCAUCAGCAUCAACAGCAAGAUCCGAUAGAUCAUGCAAUAACAAGAACACCGGUUACUGGGGCUUUGUCUUCAACUGCUUCCAUGGAGAUUUCACAACAACAGCAUGAUCCUGUUAUUGUUGGAGAUUGCAUGGAUGGUGUGAUGGAGAUGGAUACUUUUGGCUACAUGGAGCUUUUAGAAGCCAAUGAGUUUUUUGACCCUGCUUCCAUUUUUCAGAAUGAAGAGAAUCCAUUAGUGGAGUUCACACAGCAAGAUCAACAUCCACAUGCAACGGUGUUGCAGAACAUGGAAUUAUCUGCACCUUUUCAAGGGACAACAGAGGAGGAUCAGAUUCUUGAAUCUGUUACUGCUACCAACAAUAAUGAGGAAGAAAUUAUCCAAAGAGAGGAAGAAGGUGGUAUUGGUGGUGCAGAUGAUGAAAUGAGCAUGGUGUUCUUGGAGUGGUUGAAGUCGAACAAGGAUAGCGUCUCUGCCAAUGACUUGAGAAACGUGAAGCUCAAGAGGGCAACCAUAGAAAGCGCCGCGAGGCGAUUGGGUGGAGGGAAAGAAGGGAUGAAGCAAUUGCUAAAGCUCAUUCUUGAAUGGGUUCAAACCAGCCAUCUUCAGAAUAAGAGGCGCAAGGACAAUAACAACAACAACAAUAUUGCACUGCCACAACAAUUUCUGGAUCCUUGUCAGAACCAGAACACUAAUGGUAAUUCAUUUGCACCUGAUCAAUCAAACUCUUGUUUCAACCAGAGUACUACAACCUGGCUCUCUUCGCCACCGCAGCCGCCAACAAAUGCUACUUUUGGAGCAGAUCAAGCUCCUCUCAUGGUGGCUCCGUUUUCACAACCCAUGGUUGGAUAUGUGGGUGACCCUUACUCUGCUUCAAAUAACCAUAAUAACCCUUACCAGCCUGCUGCUACUGAAUACCACAUGAUGGAAUCAACUCAUCCAUGGCCUGCUCAUCCUAAUUCUCAGUUCGCUGUUGCUUCUCACUAUAAUCAAUCAUUUGGGGACAACAGCCUUCUUCAACCAGCGGCGUUCGGAGGCUACGGUGGCAACCAGUAUCCUUAUCAGUUUUUUCAUGGCCCUGGUGAUAGGUUGAUGAGAUUAGGACCCUCGGCUACAAAAGAAGCGAGGAAGAAGAGGAUGGCGAGGCAGAGAAGGGUUUUGUCUCAUCACAGGCAUCAUAAUAAUCACCAUCAAAAUCAAGCUUCUGACCCACAUGCAAUGUUGGGAACUGAUAAUUGCACCGCUGUUAUGGCUGCAAAUCCGGCCAAUUGGAUGUACUGGCAGCAGACCAUGGCACCAGUGGUACCGGCUGAGCCACCACAGGCGCAGCAACCAGCUCAUCAGCCGGCAGAGCGGCCCUCCAUGCAAACACAGAAUAGUCAUCAGGGCCGAGGCGCUGCGUCAGAUAGGAGACAGGGUUGGAAGCCUGAGAAGAACUUGAGGUUCCUUCUGCAAAAGGUGUUGAAGCAAAGCGAUGUGGGAAGUUUGGGGAGAAUUGUUUUGCCAAAAAAAGAGGCAGAAACUCAUUUGCCAGAACUGGAGGCAAGAGAUGGAAUUUCCAUAACAAUGGAAGACAUUGGAACUUCUCGCGUUUGGAACAUGCGCUACAGAUACUGGCCAAACAACAAAAGUAGAAUGUAUUUGCUUGAGAACACUGGGGACUUUGUUAGAGCCAAUGGACUCCAAGAGGGAGAUUUCAUAGUGAUAUAUUCAGAUGUGAAGUGUGGCAAAUUUAUGAUUAGAGGAGUGAAAGUGAGGCAACAGGGGUCAAAACCAGAGACCAAGAAAUCAGGAAAAUCGCAGAAAAACCAGCAGAAUGGGAUCAAUGCAGCAAAUACAGCUGGAGCUGCUGUUGGUAAUAAUGGCAUACCAUCUUCACAGAAGCAAAAAACAGAGAAGGGAGUAAAUUAAAUAUGAACAUAGCUAGUAUGCAUGUAUAAUAAUAUAAAUGAAUUUGUAGAAUAAAUGUUGUGGAGUUUUAGCAUGCUCCCUGAUGGAUGGAGGCUGUCAUGGAUUUGUAUUUUGGGUUGUAUUUCUUAGUAUAUCACUGCAAUUGUGUGAAAAUGCUGUGUGUGUG